AUGCCAUUUGAUUGUUAUACUAAUCAUGCUUACAAUGAAAAAGAGACCAAAUUGUUGAAUCCAGAAUUUCAUCACUUUAACAAUAAAUUGUCCACAAAUUUAUAUGAUAACGAAAUACAGUAUUGCGAUCAAGUCUUAUAUGAAGAACCUGUAAAUAGUUAUCACGAAAAUAACAUUUAUAAUAAUAGCGGUAAUUGUCAUCAAUGGUCAAGAAGUGUGGAUGCAAUUGAUUUGCUGACGAGUCCUAAAUAUCAUUCAUUGGGAUCUAAAAAAUUACAAAAUGAUGACAUAUUAGAUCUGGAAUGUCUUUAUUACGAUCAGUUUGACAACAAUUUAGGACAACAAGAAAUAGUGUCACCAAAAAAGGAAAUUUUUGAUUAUCACAAUCAGCAAAAUGAAAGUCAUUGCCAACACAUAUAUCAAUCAAAAUAUCAAAAUAUAUGUUCAAUGAAUACCAAUCACACCGGUUAUAGUGAUCCUAAUUUUCAGAGUGUUAUUGAAGAUGCAAUUUCUUUGGAGUCGUCUCUUAACUCAUCUCAUAUGAUGUCAAACAUCCAAACGUGCGAAUGGUUUGAAUGUUAUUCAGUAUUCAAAAGUCAAGAAGAAUUAGUCCAACACAUUGAAAAGCUUCACAUCGAUCAGCGCCGUAAUAACGAUGAGUUUACUUGUUUUUGGAGAGACUGUCCGCGAAUGAAACGGCCAUUUAAUGCCAGAUAUAAACUAUUAAUACAUAUGAGAGUACAUUCAGGCGAAAAGCCUAAUAAAUGCACAUUUGAAGGAUGCACUAAAGCUUUUUCAAGGCUUGAAAACUUGAAAAUUCAUAUGAGAUCGCAUACCGGGGAACGACCGUAUGUUUGUCAAUAUGAAAACUGUAUCAAAGCUUUCAGUAACUCAUCUGAUCGGGCAAAACAUCAGAGGACACACAUCGACACCAAGCCGUAUGCCUGUCAGGUACCUAAUUGUGGUAAAAGAUAUACAGAUCCCAGUUCUUUAAGAAAACACAUGAAAAAUCAUUCAGAAAAAUGUGUUAAACAAAAAAAGUCAUCGCAAAGUUCAACAAAUUCAGAAGUGGAUGAUAUGUUUAAAGACUACCGAAGUCUGGCAUCUUCUUUGAAUUCAUCGUUCAAUAACAGUAUUACGAACUCAUUGUCCCAGUCGUGGGGAGGCAUGAGCUCACAAUUAAGCUCAUCAUUAGUAACACAAAACUUUAAUACCAGUGCACCUAAAAUGAUGAGACCGUUAUCAAUGGCCAGUUCUUAUAAUGGCAAAGCUUCUGGUGGUGUUUGGCAUAAUAAUAGACAAAUGCAUAAUAGCUUUACUCACACAAACAGUUUGGCAAAUAUUUUAGCCAAUACUUCAAUUCAAGGUCUUACAAAUCAACAUAUAUCGAAAUUAUUGUCACCAAUUAAUAAUGCAAAUAACAAUCAUUUAAAUGAGUUUAAUGACAUUAAGAAUAAUUCAAAUAAUAUGUUUUAA